CACACACACACACAUACACACUGAAAUCACGGUCGUGAUUUGCGGCUGGACAAAUCGACAGAAGUCAAGUGAUCGUCUAGAAAUUUCAUUUGGAUUUUCUACGAAUACACGUUCUCCAAGUUCUAAUGAGGUGGUGAGGUGUGGAUCAGCGACUACGUCUCAGUAACUCUGCAGUGAUGGAGGCCAAAGAAGAGACAAGCGACACAGACAGUGGCAUCAUACUACACUCAGGUCCUGAUAGCCCGUGUACAGUGAUGAAGGACGUGACGACACACACACGUGCGGUGCGUCUCAAGCUGCAGUCGCUGGAGGAACAUCUGGAGGCGUGUGUGUUGGAGCUCAAGAGGCUGUGUAUCAGGGAGGCCGAGUUGAUGGGGCACCUGUCGCCUGACUACCCCCUCCUACCUGGUGAGGAGCCUCCUCAGGUGCGCCGCAGAAUUGGAGCCACCUUUAAACUGGACGACCAGAGCCUCCUGGAGAAGCCCUCGGCCCUGAGUGCGGUGGAGGCUGAGCUGGGGCUGCAGCAGCAGAUCGUGGUUGCAGCGCGGCGUCUGGUCCAGGAGGGGGCGCCGAGCAAGGCGGUGCGCAGGAGCCGGCAGCAGCAGAGCCGCCACCAGGAGAAGAAGCUCCAGCAGCUGCAGGAGCAGGUCUUCCAGCUACGCCUGCAGCACGGACGCACCUCCCCACACCCAGCUAUGGCAGCGCAGAGAGAUCCUGCGGUAUCGGACGACAGCUCCCUCUCAGACUCUGCUGUGCACGACGAUGAGGAGAGAGCCAAUCAGGAGCCAUCACCACCUGAGUCAGGCCCUCUCUCAGGCUCCACCCCCCACCGGCAGGAGCAGCGCCACACACACACACACUCACACACACACACUCCCCCUCAAACCCUGAAUCUCCGCACAUCCCUGUCCCACCACACACAGCUCAGCCCUUCUCUAAGCCACACCCACAACCACCUGCCUAGCCCCACCAGAAGCCCCUCCCUAAACCACUCCCACACCAUUUUAAGCCCCUCCCUUAGCCACUCCCAUGUCUCACUAAGCCCCUCCUUAAACCACUCCCAUGUCACACUAAGCCCUUCCCUAUUCCACACCCACAUCCUGCCCAGUCCCAUCCCAAGCCCCUCCCCUUCUCCAAACCCCUCCCACCGCACACUUAGCCCCGCCUCCAGCCUCUCUCUGAGCGUGGGGGGGGUGGAGGAGGACGAGCGCCCCCCCAUCGAGAACUCGCCCUGGACAGAGUCCAGUCUGGACCAGCCCUACGAGAAGAGCAAGAAGCACCGCUCCAGCAGCCGCCGAUCCACCAGUCCUGCCGUGACUCCUACUCUCCCCCCUCUGGAGGUGUGUGUGGGCGGCGACAGCAGUAGGCCCCUCCCCCUCCCCUCACAUGUGAGACCCGCCCAGUCCAACAGCGCCCCCUGUACCCCGGAAAUGCAGCUGCGCCGUGGACUCUCCCUCAGGCUUCCCAGCUCAGGAUACGAUGUGGAUCAGGAUCGCGGGCGUGCCCGUUUCCCUCGGCGACGGCUGACAGACGUGGGCAUGUCGCCCGAGUACCCGCCCCUGCAGGUUGGCGUGGGGAACCCGCUGCACCACUCCAGCUCUGAGGACAGCGCCUCCGAGCACUCGGGCAUCUCCCACGCCAGCUCCUCCCACGCCAGCGCUGAUGCCCCCGCCGACCCCACACGCCUCACCUCGCCCGCCUACGGGCACCCCGACCCAUAUGCCAACCCCCCUAAUGCCCGCUACGCCCACUCCCCCACCGACCCAUAUGCCAACGCCCGCUAUGCCCAACCUCCCACCGACCCCUAUGCCAACCCCCCCAACGGGCGCUAUGCCCAACCCCCCACCGACCCCUAUGCCAACGCCCACUAUGCCCACUCCCCCAGCGACCCCUAUGCCAACGGGCGCUAUGCCCAACCCCCCACCGACCCCUAUGCCAACCCCCCCAACGCCCGCUACGCCCAACCUCCCAGCGACCCCUAUGCCAACCCGCCCAACGGGCGCUAUGCCCACUCCCCUACCGACCCCUAUGCCAACGGGCGCUAUGCCCACUCCCCCAGCGACCCCUAUGCCAACGCCCCCAACAGCUUCUACAGGAACCCCCAGCACCAGUCGGCGGGCACCUUCUCCGGUCGCCAUGACUACUGGUACGAGGACGCCCCGGUGGCGCUGGCGGUGCCCGGGCACGUGCGUCUGUCGCGGGCGCCGUCGCUGAGGGAGUACCCGCCGUGCCACCCUGCCCACGGGCUCCCGCGCCAGCUGGUGUCGGAGCAGCUCAAGUCGUGGCACCAGCGCCAGCAGCUGCAGAGGCCCGCGAGACCGCGCUCUCUGGACCGCCACCGGCAGGGCGCCAUGCGCAUACGCAGCACACACACACACACACACGCACACACACACACACACACACACACACACGCACACGCCGCCGGACGGGACUCACCACUCACCCUGCAGCCACGCCGCAUGGACCAGCCUCCUCAGGCGGUUCCGAGGGUUCCGAGGGUGGAACAGAACUGUGCGCAGUGGACCACGGAGGACGACGCCCACAUCAUCAGCCAGGUGUGAGCAGCCAGGACUGUGUGUGUGUGUGUGUGUGUGUGUGUGUGACCGUGUGUGUGUGUUUGUGCGUGUGUGUGUGUGUGUUAAGGGUGCGGUCAGACAACCAUAUUUAUUAGAUUAUUUAUUGAGCUACGGGCUACUGGGCACGGCUACUUCACCUGCACCUCCUGAAGCAACAGAACUGUCUCCAAGGAGAACAGAACCUCCUCCUGAGACAACAGAACCGUCUCCAAGGAGAACAGAAUCUCCUCCUGAAACAACAGAACCGUCUCUAAGGAGAAGAGAACCUCCUUCUGAGACAACAGAACCGUCUCCAAGGAGAACAGAACCUCCUCCUCAGACAACAGAAGUGUCUCCCGUGGCAACAGAACCGUGAGGUGAAGAGUGUCUCCUGUGCUGUGAAUGGCAGUGGUAAAGCACAGGUCCAUUACAGUAGACUUUUGUAUAGAUGCACAUUUCUCAGUUUUGUAUGUUUUCUAAGAAAAAUGUGUGUGUUACUAAAACAGUGUGCUUUGGAUUGUCCCUCACACCUGCUGUCCAAGUGAAAUAAAGACAUGUG